CUGUUCCAACCACAACAACAACUGAGUUGACCACAACAACAACUGUUCCAACCACAACAACAAUUGAGUCAACCGCUUUGACACCUACAACAACUGAUCCAACCACUACGACACUUACACCCCCAACAACAGCUGAAUCAACCACAAUGACCACAUCUGAACUACCUACAACAACAAUAGCCACUACUACACAAACAACAACCACAUUUCCAAUAACAACAACUGCAACAACAACAACAACAACUUUGGCACUGAGUAAAAUACCUCUUCAGUUUUCGCUUCAAGUUGAUGGUCCAGCACCAUCUUGCACUGAGGGUGAAUAUCUACCAAGGUUUCUCCACCCAACUCCACAUCACGGAGAACAACUGAGCGCUCGUGUAAAUCAAGAGCUUGAGAUCAGAGUGAAAGCUUCUGCAUCUUUUUCAACAAUCAUUGAUGUCAUCAUUAGUGGACCUCUGAACAGCACAAAAUACAAAACCACCACUGGGGAAUAUGUAAUCAACUGGACACCAACUGCAGAAAACUAUGGCCAACAUUUUCCAUUUUGCUUCAUCGCAGAAGGACAAUUUGGAUCUAAUAUUUACCACUCUGAGAUGAGGUGCGUUGUUGCAAAGGUGAAUGGUAAAGGACCUGAGGCAAAUGUAACCUGCUCUCAAAACUCAAUGUCAGUGACAAUUAAGAGAUCCUCUAUCAAAAACCUCCAUGGUGACCACUUGAGACUGAUAAAUCCGUCUUGUCGGGUUUACACUAACAGUACCCACCUGUUCACCAACACACUUCUAAAUGACUGUGGCACUCAGAUUGAGGAGAACAAUAAUGAACUCAUCUUCAAGAAUAAAAUCAUUACAUUUGAUGAUCCCAGGGACAUUAUAACCAGAAAGGAUAACCUAGAAAUUGAAAUCCUGUGCAAGUACCAGAAAAGGACCAACGUUACUCUGGAUUUCUAUACUCACAGACCACCAAUCUUUAUCUCAGAAAAAGGUUUUGGCACAUUCAACUAUCAGUUUGAGUUUUAUGCUUCUGCAAAUUUCCAGAACAGCAGACAUCCAGAAUCUUACCCGCUUGAGUAUGAUGUGGGCGACAAGAUCUUCAUGAAGAUUGAGCCCGUCACUCCAGUCCUAAACACCGAGAUCUUCCUCGAGUCAUGUGUGGCUACUCCUUACGAUAAUCCCAAUUACCCCGUCUCCUAUCCUAUCAUCAAGAACGGAUGCACUGUGGAUGAAACGGUUGGGUUUUUCUCAAGUCACCAACCAUAUGUCCAGUUUGAAAUGGAGGCCUUCAAAUUCAUUGGGUUCCAUGACCAGGUGUUCAUCAGCUGCUCAAUCAUCAUAUGCGAGGCCAACAAUCCCUACACCCGCUGCUCUCAGGGCUGCAUCAACAGCACAGUCGCUCCACCGGCCCACCACCAUCACAGAAGAGAGGCUCCCAUCCAGACCGGCAGUCACGUCAUCUCCCAGGGGCCCCUGCGGCUGAAGAGGAGCGCAUCUCAGGUCACCGUAAGCCCGGGUCUGAAUCUAAACCUUGUUGUCGUCGCUGUUUGUCUUGUGGCAACAGUAGCCAUGGUGUGUGGAGUGAUUGUCUACAGAGCCAGAGGACAAAGGAUCAGAUACCAACCCUUGUCAUCACACGACUUUUAGUCAUGUCAGCUCUGUUUUUUUAUUUUUCAAAGCAUAAUGCUCUAUUUUCAAAGUGUGUUUUUCUUUCUUUUGUACUCAAUUGGGAGUUUAAAACAGAUUGGGAAUAUAUCAGCGGUCAAACUUUAGUUUGGUGCCUAAUUCUCACUAUUAACUAACCAUUAUCUAUGAAUUUAGCCUCAAUAUACUCCUAAUUUGCCACUUAUGAAUAGUUAGUAAGUAGUUGUUAAGUUUAGGUAGGUAG